AUCAAAGAUACCUACACUCACAACCCAGAGGAGGGAAAAGGAUACUUUUCUUCUGAGUUUUUUGAGAGCCAAGAAACUGCAAUGUCUAGGAAACAAAGCCAAAAAGAUUCAUCAGGAUUCAUUUUUGAUUUGCAGUCCAAUACUGUACUGGCCCAGGGGGGAGCUUUUGAGAACAUGAAAGAGAAGAUAAAUGCAGUGCGUGCCAUAGUUCCCAAUAAGAGCAACAAUGAAAUCAUCUUGGUUUUGCAGCACUUUGAUAAUUGUGUGGACAAAACUGUACAAGCUUUCAUGGAAGGUAGUGCCAGUGAAGUACUCAAAGAAUGGACAGUAACAGGAAAGAAAAAGAACAAAAAGAAGAAGAGCAAACCAAAACCCGUAGCAGGAGCGAGCAACAGCGUCUCGGAUUCGAACAAAUCCAUGCCCGUCCAAGAGGAGCAGUCUGCACCUUCUUCAGAAAAAGGCGGUGUUAACGGCUACCACGUCAAUGGCGCCAUCAACGACGCUGAGUCUGCGGACUCACUCAGUGAAGGUUUGGAGACACUUUCCGUAGAUGCCAGAGAGCCAGAGGACCCUGAGUCUGCCGCCCCAGAUACGCUGGACAGGACAGGAUCCAUGCUGGAGAAUGGUGUCUCUGAUUUCGAGUGCAAGUCUGUGACUGUGCACUCUGCUCAGAACUCUCAGCACUCCAGGAAUGGCGCCAAACCCAGCUCAAGAUCUGCAGGCCCUCAGUUUUCCAGUCUGGGGAUGGAAGAUGUUCAGCUCUCCUCCACCAAUAAAAAGCUAGGUUCCAAUAUUGAAAAAUCUGUAAAAGACCUCCAGCGCUGUACAGUGUCUCUUGCACGAUACAGAGUUGUAGUUAAGGAAGAGAUGGAUGCUUCCAUUAAGAAAAUGAAACAGGCUUUUGCUGAAUUACAGAGCUGUUUAAUGGAUCGGGAAGUGGCAUUGCUUGCUGAAAUGGACAAAGUGAAAGCUGAAGCAAUGGAAAUUUUGCUCGGUCGACAAAAGAAAGCUGAACUUCUAAAGAAGAUGACUGAUGUGGCUGUUCGAAUGUCAGAGGAGCAAUUGGUUGAGCUUAGAGCUGAUAUCAAGCACUUUGUUAGUGAACGCAAAUAUGAUGAGGAUCUGGGACGCGUAGCCCGGUUCACCUGUGAUGUUGAAACCCUAAAGAAGAGCAUUGAUUCCUUUGGACAAGUGUCCCAUCCAAAAAACAGCUAUUCAACCAGGUCCCGGUGCAGCUCAGUUACCUCCGUGUCCUUGAGUAGCCCGAGUGAUGCUGCUGCUGCUGCUGCCUCCUCCACCUGUGCCUCUGCUGCCAGCCUUACAAGUGCUACCAAGAAAAACUCUGCACCAGGAGAGACCUCUGCAGCCUCAGCGAACUCCAGCAGCCGGCCCUGCCAGCUUCCUCGGGAGGUGUUGCCGGGGAACAGACGAGGAGGACAAGGCUACAGGCCACAAGGCACGAAGUUGAAUGACCCCAUGAACCCGGGGCGACAUGACACUACGGGUCGUUACAGAAAUGGUUCGUGGUACUCAUCUGGUUCCAGGUAUCAGAGCGCUCCACUCCAGGCACCAGGAAACACUAGUGAACGGGGCCAGACUCGCUCUGCAGGGACCACUGGAACUGCAGCCAGCAUGGAGCCUAGCCCAGCCAAGCCCUCAUUCAAAAAGGGGCUCCCCCAACGCAAACCCAGGACCGCUCAGCCAGAAGCUGUAAACUCUUGAGGGAAUUUCCAGUUGGCCUCUGUCCCUCACAACUGAUAACUGGACUUUAGGAAACUUAUAGUUAGAUUUAAUAACAAAAAGAAGUUUAUGCAUAUAACUUUUUGUGCCAUUCUAGUAUUUUUGGUUUCUUCUCUGUUUCCUCUUUACCAUUUUUGGAUGGGGACCUGCUUUCUCCCAUGACCUUUCCCAAUGAUGUGGAUUGAUCCUGGGUGCCGUUUCCACCAGGAAUCAGAGGCAACUGUUGCCAGGUUUCCCAAGGGUACUCCAUACUCUUCCCAGGACACGAGGCCUUCUAGUUGCCCGAAGAGGCCUUACUUACCCCACUGUUCGGGCUGUCUCAGGAGGAGGUCAGUCAGAGCUGGCCCUGUCCCCUUUCCUGUCUAAGCAGAAGCCGCGACGCCUACCAGGCUCCCUCCAAAUAGCAGUUUGACCAGGCAUUGAGGGAUUAGCCAGAGAAGGGAAAAUUAAUUGCUGAAAAGGAGAGAACACUAGGAAAUGUCCAACACUCUGCCUCUAUCCCAGAACGUGCCUGAGAUCUGACACUCCAUCAGGGUUUCGGUCUGCUUGGCACCACAGCUUAACCUGCAGUUUCUUCAGAAUGCCCAGAGCCUUGUUGCCUGUUACCCUAGACUGCAGACCAGUCUAGGGAAGUCAGUGGGAAAGUAGCAUUUAAUUAAAGUUUUUUCAAAGUUUUGGAAAAAGUACUGCUUUGUUUCAAUGUUUGGAGGGUGUUUUGUUUUGUUUUGUUUUGUUUUGUUUUGUUUUGUUUUAAUGUUAUCCUCUCCCUUUUCUGAAUUCAGAUCCUGAACCAAAUUUAUAGCAAUAUAAUUAGUGUUAAUCUAAGGUGUUACCUAUCAAAAAAUUGCUGCAGUCU